AUGAGUCAACAUUAUGAUAUGUGCAAAAAAGUCACAGAUACUAAAUGCAUCAAAGGUAUCAUCAACAUAUCAAGAAAUCUCGAAAUUCCACAGAAAACAGCAUAUUUUGCACUAGGAAUCUACUACAAACACGCUCUUGAUUCAAAUUGCAUGAAAAUAACAGCUGCAGGAGCCGCAUGUAUAAUGCUAGCUGGAAAAAUCAAUGGAUCACCAAGAACCCUUGAACAGAUCCUAAGGGCUAGCCACAGGUACUAUGGAAUCAACUCAGAAAAUAUGUUUAAGCAAGACUACGAAGAUGCCAUAGAAAUCGAAUUGCAUGCAUGCAUUCUGAUCGACUUUGACUUUAGCACAAAUGACCCAUAUAAGCUUCUAGAGGUAUUCUGUGCAGAAUAUCACAUUCCUAAGCAGAAAGCACUCAUUAUAUGGACUAUACUGAAUGAUUCGGCAUGUAUUCCUCUUCAAUCAGCAUUCUCAUCCAGAACGAUACUUAUGACUUGUAUAUUUGUUUCAGAACUCAUACAAGGCCACCCCAUGGAUAUUUCUUCAUUCAAGCAAAAAUUCGGGCUUAGCGACAUCCAAGAUACAGAAAUCAAUUUUAUUUCUGAAGAGAUCGUUUCAAUGUAUGAGACACUAUUAUAG